CGGGGAGUUGCGGGAGCCCCGCCCGUGCGGGGUUUAUCUGUGGUGGGGAGCGGAGGCGCCGGUGCGGGACCAGGGGCACGGACCGGGUGGUGUUGAGGAGCGGCGGGGCCGGGUAGGGGCGCGCUCCCGGCCCCCAUGAAGCUGCGAGACGUCCCGUCCGCAUGCCCGUCGCUGUGGCGCUGCCUGCCGUGCCCGCCGGCCGAGCUGCGCCUGGACCUGGUGCUGUCCUCGGGGCAGAGCUUCCGGUGAGCCAGCACGGGGGUCCCGGCACCCCCGGCCCGGCCCUGCGCGCUCGGGCCCGCCCCGACCUGCCCGUGUGCGGCAGGUGGUGGGAGAGCAGCCCGGGGGCCUGGACGGGCGUGCUGGGGGGGCGCGUCUGGACACUGCGGCAGGACCGGGACCGGCUCUGGUACACGGUGUACGGCGAAGAGGAUGAGCACAAGGAGGAGGAACGGGAUGGGUGCCCUGCCAAAGCAGCCAAACUGGAUGCUGCAGAGACGGACCGAAUCCUGCGUGACUACUUCCAGCUGGACGUGGGUCUGUCGGCCCUGUAUCGCGAGUGGGAGGCGGCCGAUCCCCUCUUCCGCAAGGUGGCCAAGGACUUCCCAGGGGUGCGGGUACUGCGGCAGGACCCCAUCGAGUGCCUCUUCUCCUUCAUCUGCACCUCCAACAACCACAUCUCCCGUAUCACUGCCAUGAUUGAACGCCUCUGCCAGGCCUUCGGCCGCCACCUCUGCUGCAUCGACGCCCGGCCGUUCCACGCCUUCCCGUCCCUCUCGGCGCUCACAGGCGCUGAUGCCGAGGCCCGGCUGCGGGCGCUGGGCUUUGGGUACCGGGCCAAGUUUGUCAGCGGGAGCGCGCGGGCCAUCACCGAGGGGCUUGGUGCUGAAGGGCUGUGCCAGCUCCGCACUGCGCCCUAUUCCGAGGCCAGGAAGGUGCUGUGCACCCUGCCCGGUGUAGGUGCCAAGGUGGCUGACUGCGUCUGCCUGUUGUCCCUGGACAAGGCCGAGGCAGUGCCAGUGGACACCCACGUCUGGCACAUUGCACGGCAGCGCUAUGGUGUGGCAGUGGGCGGCAAGAGCCUGACCCCCCGGGCCUACCAGGAGAUCGGUGACUUCUUUCGGGGGCUGUGGGGCCCCCGCGCCGGCUGGGCACAGGCAGUGAGUACGCCCCUCUCAGGCAGCUCGGGGCUCAGCCCUCGCCCCCAUCCUGGCCAGGCCCACCCCAUCGUCUCUGUCCAUUCCAGGUACUGUUCUGUGCUGACCUCCGCAAGGGCCAGGAGCCAGCCAGCAGCCGGGAUCAGGCCUGGGAGAGCCGAAGCCAGGACUGCCAUGGGGAUGGGCCCCCCUAGGGACACCCAAGGAGGAACAGUGGCUUGAGUGGGACACUGCACCUGCUGCCAGCCUGGGAUGGAGGGGGGUGGGCUGUGUCUGUCCCCUGCCCAGUGUGUGUGUGGAGGGAGCUGCUGCUCUGGGCAGUGAGGCUGGGGAGAAUCAGGGCUGUGUCCAGCUCCCCCAGGGCAGAGCUGAGCCAAGCACCUUUGGCCUCUUGCCUUUAUUACAAGCAAUAAAAUAGAAACAUCCAUUUGGAAAA